AUGAACGACAUGAUCGUAGUCCAAGCCAGUCAAGAUCAAGAUCGUCUAAUAGGUCUCGAUCCCCCAGAGAAAGAAGAGUCUCGUGGUUUUGGAUUUGUAACGAUGGAAACCACUGAAGAAGCUGAUGCAGCAAGGCAAGGUAUUCAUGGUUCAGAUAUUAAUGGUCGCUCUAUAACUGUAGAAAAGGCCCGUCGCUCUAGAGCCAGAACCCCAACUCCUGGUCGUUAUUACGGACCACCCAAACGUCGUGUUGACAGAUUUGAUCCUAGAUAUGAGUAUAGUAGACCCUAUGAUCGUUACGAUAGACCACCAAGAGGUUAUGGGCGUGAACCAUAUUAUGAUCGUGCAUAUGAUAGACCAUAUUACGAUAGGGGAUAUGAAAGGGGUUACGACCGCGCAUACGACAGAGCAUAUGAUCGAACUUACGAUAGAGAUCGUCGACCACCUCCACCGACCCGUUAUGAACCCUACCCGCGGCCUCGUUCACCUUACUAA